AUGGAGCCCGAAACCAUGGACGGCGUCGUCGACGCGGCGCAGUAUCCCGUGGACGCGGUCACCGCGGACGCGAUGACGACGGACGUCGGACCGAAGGGCCUCGGCAUGUCGUUAGACGAUCUCGUUCGCGAGAGCAAACCGGCCGGUGGCGGGCGGGGCGGACGAGGACACAAAGGCGAGGGCGGACGGUUGAAAGUGCGCGCGGUGAUCGUGAAGCGACCCGCGGGCGGCGGGAGAGGGUUCGGGGGAAGAGGUCCCGCGCCGCCGAGGAAGACGGUGCGCUCGAUGGCGUUCAUCGUUCGAGCGUCGGAUCGAUCGAACGUUCGCGCGUUCGUCGUUCGUUCGUUCGUUCGUUCGUUCGUUCGUUCGUUCGUGCAUGAUUGGAUCGAUCCCCGUCGUCGUUCCGUUCCGUCCCAUCCAUCUAUCCCUCCAACCCUGACGCGUCUCUUCUCCGACGCGCGUUCGUUCGUUCCUUCGCAGCCCGGAAAGAUCUACAAGCGCGACGACGGCGUCGUCGUCCUGCACAUGUACGGCAAGGACGUCCUCGCGGCGAACAACCAGGGCGAAGUGACCCUCGACGCCGACGGCGACCGCGGGAAAAACACCUUCCUCGGCGUGCACGACGCGUUGUCCAGGUUCGGCUUCAAGCUCUCGCGUCCGAACCCGGCGGCGCCGGAGGAGUGGAGCGUCAGCGACGGGAAGAAGUUUCUGAAGCGGUACGAGGACGGGAUGGUGAUCCCCGCGCCCAAGCCGCCGGGACCGGGGCGGAUGCUCGCGCUGUUGCAGACGGAGGUUCGCGCGGGGAGGCGCGUUUUAUCUCACACUGGUCCCCGUACGACCGCGUCGGCGCGGUGA